GUUGAGUCUCCGCCUUCUCGGGCGCCGCCAUCUUGUUGUUGAUUCGGACGGUGCAGAGCGGGUGGCUGGGGCCGCCGGAGCCGGAGCCGGGGGGUCGCAGCGUCAACUCGGCCCCGGCCGGGCAGGGAGAGCGCGGGGCGGCGGAUCUGACCCCCUCGGGGGAGAGGCGCGCGGCCCUCGGCCGGGGCUGCUGGUCAUCCUGGGAAAAUUUUCUGAAAUGCCAAGGUGAAAGCUAUUUGAGCGUUGGAUUGCUCCUGGCUUCCUGCUUCAUCCCAACUGCAUUAGCUUGGCUCUACCUUCUAGCUGCUAUUUCAUAAACAGAACUCAUGUGGCUUAUUGGAAAUACUGAUCUGCUUUACACAUGAUUAUCAGAACGAUCCUAAUACCAGGGAUUUUCUAGCUGUGACUUGCUGUUCCCUCCCAGCCCAUGCGGCUCUUCCCAUGCCCCAAGUGUGUCACCGGUGCCCAACGCAAUGUGUGUUUGUCAAACCAUGGAGGUGGGCAAGUAUGGCAAGAAUGCCAGUCGAGCUGGAGACAGAGGGGUCCUGCUGGAGCCUUUCAUUCACCAGGUGGGUGGCCACAGCAGCAUGAUGCGCUACGACGACCACACCGUGUGCAAGCCUCUUAUUACCAGAGAACAGCGCUUCUAUGAGUCCCUGCCCCCAGAAAUGAAGGAGUUCACACCUGAGUACAAAGGUGUUGUGUCUGUUUGCUUUGAAGGAGACAGUGAUGGCUACAUCAACCUGGUAGCAUACCCCUUUGUGGAGAAUGAGACUUUGGAACAGGAUGACAUGCCUGAGAGGGACCAGCCCCGACGCAAACACUCACGCAGGAGCCUUCACAGAUCCAGCAGUAGCAUUGAGCACAAGGAGGAGAAACCUGGGUUGGCCAGUGACAGCACUGAGAGGUCCGUUGAACUUUUAGCAGCCCAAGCAAAGGACUGUGCUGAUGGAAUAGCUCUUAAUGGGACCAGCCAGACUUCAGAGUGCAAGCUGUCCUGUGCCUCAAACAUCCAGGAAAUGAAGAGUCCCAAGAUGGACUUGCACAUCCAUUCAGAUGUUCCAUUUCAGAUGCUGGAUGGAAACAGUGGUCUUAGCUCUGAAAAGAUUAGCUAUAACCCAUGGAGUUUGCGAUGUCACAAGCAACAGCUGAGCCGUAUGCGAUCAGAGUCCAAGGACCGAAAACUCUACAAGUUCCUUUUGCUGGAGAAUGUGGUGCACCAUUUCAAGUUUCCCUGUGUACUAGACCUGAAGAUGGGGACUAGGCAGCAUGGAGACGAUGCCUCUGAGGAGAAGGCUGCUCGGCAGAUGAAGAAGUGUGAACAGAGCACCUCGGCAACAUUGGGUGUGAGAGUCUGUGGCAUGCAGGUCUAUCAGCUGGAUACAGGCCAUUACUUAUGCAGGAAUAAAUACUACGGCCGUGGCCUUUCCAUUGAAGGUUUCCGCAAUGCCCUCUACCAGUAUCUUCACAAUGGCAUAGAGCUGCGCAAGGACCUCUUUGAACCUAUACUCACCAAACUCCGGAGCCUGAAAGCUGUGUUGGUGAGGCAGGCCUCCUACCGCUUUUACUCAAGCUCCCUCCUCAUCAUUUAUGAUGGGAAGGACAGCAGGGCGGGGAUGUUUCUGGAGCGCAGGGCAGAGAUGCGCCUGAAGCGGGUGGACAGCUCUCUCUGUGAGAGUCUGCAGGAUGGCACAAGUACAGAGCCUAGCCCCUCAGCCCAGCCUAAGGUGGAUGUGCGCAUGAUUGACUUCGCACACAGCACAUUCAAGGGCUUUCGGGAUGAUCCCACUGUGCAUGAUGGACCUGACAUGGGUUAUGUAUUUGGGCUGGAAAGCCUCAUCAACAUAAUGGAACAGAUGCGUGAUGAGAACCAGUAGUCUGAACUGUGCUCUUUCAUUGAUACUCUGGUGGCAGGAGCAGACAGGACCACCUACUACUGCAGGAAAAAACAAACAGCUUUGGUUUUAGAGGAUUGUAUUGCUCUGCUGUUUUUAAAUAUACCCUGGGACAAAAGAGCUGAGGGAUGCGUGAGGAUCUCUGCUGUCCUGCUUACCAGAUGGCUCGUAUUGCACUUGGCCCUACCUUCUGUAGGAGGACCUGCCCACAGAAGAGAGAGGAGGAGAUAGCUCAUCAGAUGGGGUAGGAUGUGAUGGGAGGUGGGUCUAGGAUUCUGUUGCUACUGCUCCUUCGAAGCUUUUAGCAGAACUUCCAGAUUGAACUUCUCUUCUGUCACUUGGAAUGGGCAUUCAUUAAAGUAAGAGCCAGCAGUAUCUGUGGAGCGGAUGGAAGGCAGCACAUUCAUGCUGUUCUUAUGUACUGGCUGUAUUAAUGCAGCUAACCCUGCCUUGGGGUUGUGAUUGACCGAGAGGUCUGUUUUUGAUACUGCCUUUAUCUUCUCCCGUUUGGGCACUGUGACUAAUCAUCCCAAACAGGCAAGAAUAAAUGACCAAAUGAACCCCAAUGCAGGACUGCAGCAGAGGGGAAAUGGCCACAAACCAUGGGUUGCUCCAGAGUUAGUCACUUACUUCCCCUGACACUUUUUGCAACUGAUAGUUAAACUUGGGCAGGAUCAGUAGUGAUGGCUUAGGCUAGCAGGCAAGCGUGAGGCUUCUGUGAUACUAAACACCUCACUGCACUGGCCCAAUGAGAGUUCAGCUAACUGACUAGCACUAGUGUCAAGAGCAAAUUAAUACAACGACCAUCUAUUCUCUGUGGUUCAUCAGGCUAUUUUCAUUCUCUCCAUUUGUGUAAUGUAGGCCUAAUAAAUCACAUGCAAGUAUCUCCCUAGCCAUGUGCAGACCAGGUGCUGCAGCACAAAAUAGUUGUCUUCCUUUAAUUGGGCUGGAACAAGGCUUUCUUGCCUCCCGUUGCUGCUUUUGCAGAGUUUUUUCACUAAUGCUGGGGCAGUAGAAAAGAAGGCUGAGGGGAUGAGGGUGGAUAGCAAAUCUCAAAAUGAAGACGACAGUCUUGAUUAUUGUGACAGGGCUUCAGUGGUCAUAGCCUUUGUGCUGACUGUUGAGCCUGUGCUGGAGUUGGUCCUUCCUCUGUGAAUGGAAGCAGCUGCCUAGCUGCCAAAGUGACCCUGCAGCUAGAAGCACUGGAAUCAUUGUCCAGCUUAAUUUUAGGGAGCUGUUAUUUGCUGGCCUCGUUGUUGUAGUGAAGCAUUGGUGUCUCAUGCCUCUGUUGGACAGAACAAAGUUUAGCUUCAUUUUUAAAUCUGUGCACCACUCCUUCACAAAUGGAUUUCUAUGUUGGAACUUAAAAGAACAACAAGGAAGCAAGUAACUGACUCUCCUCCUAAAACUAGUACAGCAACCCAACCUCAGAGUUAAAGGUAAGUGCUUUACCUGUGGUUCCUGGUGUUAGGUGACAGAGGAACUCUGCCUGGGCAUUUUUGUGGCCUUUCGAGUGAGCCCAGAUGUAACAAAACGGUUGCUGCUGAUGGGUGUGUAGUUCUGCAUGUAGCAAAUGCACUAGGCCUUCUGGGUACACACUUCGAUGGGGAGCAUUCUUGCUGAGUUGCUGUCAUCUGUAAUUGCUGCAGUGUGGGGUUUGGGGCAGUGUGGAAUGGGAAACUUGCAUUUCUAUUACAGCUGUUCUUUGAGGGUGAGGGUGUAUUGCUAAAUUUGGUUUUGGAGCUUAACAUGUUCCUUGUUUGUUGCUGCUCUGCAGAGUGCAGUUAAAGCUGUUGCUCCUUUCCAGCCUUCAGAUGAUGUUAGGGUUCUUGAUUAUAAUGUUAUGACAUUACGUUUGUUGGGUUACUCCUUCCCCCCCUUUCUGCAGGAUAUUGACUGUUUUGCUUCCUCAGGGAGUGGCUAGUACAGAAACAAGUCUAGCUAGAGGAAAUGCAGUCACUGAAGGAAGAAAGGGAAGUCUAAGAUAGCUGUGAAGAAAUCUGGAGUUAAUGUCCCUGGCUUUGCCUCACCCUAAGACUGUUCUUUAUGCACAAUGACCAGUCAAAUCUGACUCUGGUAUUCUUUCUCCUUCAAUGCCCCUUGUUUUCCUUGGUGUCUUCUGAGGAAGGUACCUCUAAAGAGGGGCAUUUCACAUGGGGGAUGGAGCACCUCUACAUAUCAACUCAUCUUUCAGCAUUCCCUUUGCCACCUAUUCUAGUUAUCCGAGUUGGUCUUCUAUGCAGCCCUACCUUAUCUCUCCCAUUGAUUCCAUCCUAAUGCUGAGCUUAAAAAUGGCUGUCAUGCCACAUGGCAUCUUGAUAUGUAUUGUAUCUUAUUUUUGGUCCAGUAUUGUCCCUGUAUUAUAUCCUCACUCCAGGAUCAAGCUGAGGAGUAAAGGAGAUGUUCUAGAAGUAAUGCUGUUCUUGUUCUAACGGUAAAGUUUGGUUCCUCGUGAGUCCUUUUUAAAAAUCCUGUUGGACCCUACAGAUGAGAUUUUCUAUAGCCUGUAAAUUGUGUUGAAAAUAACAUAUUUUUCUGACUGUUACCAGGAUUUUUUCUUACAAGACCUGUGACUGCUGUCUGUGCUUCAUUUAGACCAAAAAUACUCAAGGUCUUGUUUUGUUCGCAUUGUAGAAUGUUGGCAUUUCCACAUGACAUGAUUGCAAAGCCCAGCAGUGUGCAAUAGCAAUAAGCCUUCUCAUGUGGCUUUGAAUAGGCUUUACGCUUUUUGAGCACCUAUACACAUGCUGGAUGUCUGAUCUAACAAGUGGUAAUUAGCAUGCAUCAGAGCAGAAUUGAUUAAUCCAGUGUGCUGGAGAGUGCUAAUUAACACACUCCACUAGUUUCCAUGUCCUGUAUUCAGCACCCCCAUGCUUGAAAAUGGCAGUGGAGGCACUUUUAACUAAAGCUCAUCCAACGAGCUUUAGGUAAAAUGCCCCCACUGCCAUUUUCAAGUGCAGGAUGCUGAAUACACAUGAUGCUGAAGGCGCUUCAAUUAUAGUGGCUUUUGGAGGCACUCUAAUUAUAAGGUGCACCACCCCUCACCCCUGCCCUGCACCCCAGCAUGUGUAAAGUUACCCUUGGAGAUUUAGACUUCUGGAGGCCUUAGCUUGGGGAGAGUGUACUGUUCAGUUGGAGUCGGAGGAGCCCAAACUCAGUUGACACUGCUCUUUAGCCUCUUGCGAGGGCAGGAGUAGCUGUAAUCCUUGUGCAUAAGCAAAGCAAAAGGUGGAUAGAGCUUGUGAUGAAUGCAAGGUGCUCUCUCCUAACUAGCAGUCAGUCCCGGUGGCACUGGUAAGUGUAGCUCUCUGCCAGCCUUGCCCAUGUCCCACCAUGUGGGCAUGCUGCAGCAUCAGCCUCUGCAACUUGGUGCUUCUCUUUAAAUUGACAGCAGCAGUAAAGCUGUCUUAGACAGCAAGGCAAGCAUAUAGCUACCUCUACCACACAUGAGGAAAGUAGUUUUCACCAGCUGCUCUUUGCAAUAAGACAGAGAUGAUUGUUUGAAUUUGCUCUUUGUGGCUAAACAGGGACACACUGUUGGUUUAUCACAGACUUCCACUCCACUGAUGUCAGAAACAGAUCUGAACAGAUGCUUCCAAAAUCUAUGGACUGAUUCUUCAAGCAGAUUACCCUGCUUGGUAUUCCUCUUCACUGUCUAUCUAUAACACCAGUUUUUGCCAGAGUGAGACUUGCAGAUCCAGUCACUUUUGGGUAGACUUCAGUUUUACUGAUCUUGCAAAGAAGAGAAUGAAAUCAGCCUGACAAAACCACCCCUGCCCUCUGCUAAUACACAACAUGCUCUAGCUCACUAAAGUGAGUGCUGGUACAUGGUUGAGGUAAGCUUUGUUUCAUCUUGUUUUGCAGGGAAUGUUACUUUGCUAUGGAUGGAGCUAAAGAGAUUUUUAAUAAAUGUAGCACCAAAAAUGGCCAGGAUUUGAGCAUUUCUUGUUAACACUGUAAUAGGUUUCCUCCCUUACCAUUCACUCCCCCAACCUGAUAGCAAGAAUGAAGAGUCUCUGGUUAGCCUCUUUUCUAGGUAAUCUGCCAGCUCUUAGUGUUGCCUCUGAUUUGGUAAAUCCUUAGGAGGUAAUUUUGCCUUUUCUCCUGCUUCAUAGCAUCCUCAGGCAAACAUGCCUAUUUAAAAAAGAAAGAGGGGAGGGGAGGGGGGCAGGGAAUCUGUCUUGGAUUCUGAAGCUACCCAGUUGUUCCUCCAUGCCAGACAGGUUAGUAUAUAAUUGAUUUGACUACAAAGAACAAAAUAAAGGGUUCUUUCCAUCCCUCCCUGGGAAGCAGGCUGUUGUGGCUGGUUAAAGCACCAUGGGGAGGCAGAAGUGAGUUGCCUUAAAGUAAGCAUCCUCACAGUUCAUAAAUGCAUAUGUCCCUACAUUUAAAUUUCAGAGGGACUAGCUGAAGUGGCCAUAAGGACAGCUAUUUGGUGUUGGAGUAUAAGGUCUUGGUGGCACUUCUCUGGACAGCCCUUUCCUACACAGCCAUUUUGCAUGCAUUGUACACAGUCAAAACUACCUUAGGGUGAAUGUAUAGAUUCUCCUUUCUGCCCUGUCUUACUGCAACAGCAGAGUUUGUUCUCUUUUCAGAGCUUGUUGACAUUUCAUGCUCAGCAGUGUGAACUUCUGUAUCAGAACUAGUAUGAACUGUGUAGUUGUCCUCAUGUAGAAAGAGGGACCAGCUUUGCCACCUUCUGGAAUACAUAGCCAGUCAGUUUCUAGCAAUAGUGUGAUCUUCUAGCAGUGGGAACGUGUAGGUCUGUUAACAAAAGUGUUUUUUUGUUGUUUUGUUUUCUUCUUCCCCUGUAUCUUGGUCUCAGUGGACUUACAAACAUGGGCAAAAGGGAACAAAGCGUCCUCAGAUAAAUACUUUGCAAGUGGGAUAGUAGCAGGGGGCUUGUUUCACCACAUAAAUGCACAGGGAUUUGUGUGGGUUGCUGCUGCUGCCUUGUGGAAAAUAGUGUUGUGGAUUCCUUCUCCACUCCUGCUGUGACCUUGGGGUUAUGUUUGCCCUGUAGCUUGUCAUUGACUGUCUUGCUCUCUCAGUGGGAUCUGAAGCCAUUCUUCUGAGCUGGCAGCCGUUAUAUUUCGACUUGCGGAAGGCUGGGCUGGAACGUAUUAGAAACUAUGCUUGAAUGCCCUCAUUUGAAGAAUGGGUCUAUGUAGAGAUGCAGUUUACCUAAAAUAUGCCUGGCUCCAUGGUGUAGCACACGCAGCAGUUCUGAAAAAUUGGCCCUCCAUUAACUGGCUUCAUCUUGCCUCCUUUACAAGAGGGAAAUCUGCCAUGGGGACAGUGCAAACUAUUUCUCUGAGCUGGGGAGGGGGUUGAAAAGGAAAGGAGUUGCCUCAACAGCUGAAACUUGUUUUCUGCUUCACCUCCACCUGUGCAGCAGGUUUGUACCAAAUAUUCUGCCCCCUGCAGAGGACCAAACCCUGAGUUGUGGCAUGGCUGCAGACCUCUUCCCUUCAGGUGUUAGACAGCAUUUAUAUGGGGCCAAUGGAUGAGACAGUUACUGGAGAGGUCUGUGAAAGGAUGUUUGCCCAACUCAGAUCCUCACUAGCAACUUGUCAAAAAUUGCUGGAAUAUAUCUAACUCCUACAGUAAAGCCAAUACCAUAGAUAAUAUGGAGUAACAAUCUGUGAACAUGGCAGCUCUCAGCAUGUUUUAUUGCUUGCUGUGAUGUCUUCUCCAGAGAGGUCACAAUGUAGCUGCCCUCCCUAGUCCUGCAGGUUCCUUCUGUUUUAUAGAACUGGUCCCAUGUCCUCAUUUUCCCACUCCCAGCCUAUGCCUAGAACUGAAAAGUUGCCCAAAGCAGAAGUUCAGAUGUUGUUGUUUGUGUUUGUACUGUUGCAUGUUUAUCUCAGGAGCAAAAUGCUUUUGUACUUGAAAAGUCCAGGUGAGGAAGGUCUAUUGGGAAGUGUUGGGGGCCUUGUAAAGGUAAUGAUGGUAUGGGAGGGAGGAAGCAGCACAAGCCCUCUGCAGUGCAGAGUGUUUGUCCCCACUUGCCCUCCAUCCCUCAGCUUGUCUGGGAGGGAUGUGGCAUCACAUAUUGUCUUCUAGCAUUUUUUUUGCUUAUUUUUAGUAUUCUCUUAGCUUCAUUCUACUGGACAAAUCACGCUUAUGGGCAUGAAUAAGUACCAGUAUCUGUACUACAGACGCUUCACCGUUACCUCUUUUGCUGUCUCAGUCAUGUAUAUACAAAUAAAAUCUGCCAGAAGUUUA